AGCCGGAAACAAUUCGCUCGUAUAAAAGCCUAAGAAAGCGGAGGCCAGCGCAGUUCACAAAAACAAGGGAAGGAGGGUAUGGGGGUGUUAUUGGAGCUGGAAAAAACCCUACGAUCGAAGUCCAAUGGGGAGAAGAUUACGCCAAGGGAGGAGCUGGUUCUUGAUGCCUGCAAAUCGAAGUCGAUCCGGGAUUUCACAGUUGGUUUUUGCGCUUCUUCGGCUGCUGUAUGGGCUGCAAGUAGGAGACUUCAACAAGCACAGAGGUUCAACUUGUCCAUAAGUUCAGCUAUUUUUUGUGGUAUGUGGAGGUUUAACAACUCUCUAAAUGUGUGCGUUGACCAAUUAUUAGCAUUGGAAGGCAGUCGGAUUCAGAGAGAGUUGGCAAAUGUAAUCUUGACUAAGCAUGCAAACAGCCCCGAAAAAGUGAAACUUGUGAGAAAACACUAUUACCCUGAACAAGUGUUCAGCGACUUGAAUCCAGAUAAAACUACUUUUAGGUGGCGGUUACGUAAUGUGUACAUGGAUGGCACUUCUCACCGGACUGAUAGUGUUGAAGAUAACGACAAUCAUGAUAAACAAGAUCUGCAGCCUGACCAGUUUUCCUAUCAGGGUGCUCCAGGAGGAGAUAUGAUUGUUGAUCGGUAUCAGGGUGCUCCAGUAGGAGAUAUGAUUGUUGACCCUCUAGACUUCAUUUUUGGUUAUUCUGAAAGCAAUAAGGAGAUCAAGCAAUCGGACAACACUGUAGUACCUUCCAAGAGACGGUUGCGGGCCUACAAGAGACGGUUGCGUCGCCAUCAAGCGCACCAUGAAUCCACUGAUAGUAACACAAGUUAAACAAGAAUUGUAGAUGAGCAACUAACGUUGAAGACUUUUUAAAAUGACAAAAAUGCAAGAUUCUCGCCUAGUUCGAAAAAUGCCCUGGUGAUACUUUGCCACGAGAAUCAACAAGAUGCCUGGUUUCAUAUCAGUAGAAUGGAUGGUUUCAUGGUCAACCAAUCAUUGUGGAGGAUCUAUGCAGCUUCUAUGUUAUUUCAGGAGCAACUCUUUAAUUGGGUUGGGUCGCCACUCUGUUUCCUUGUGUGCACACUUGUUUAUCGGUGUCAUAUCCGAUUAUGUUUUAAAAUGCUCGAGAACUUCAAUUCAUUCUAUGACCGACAUCUGGGUUAAGUCGAUAGCAUUUGAACAACUGUCAUUACUUUAACGAAGCAAUAUCAAGCAUUCGCUCCUGAUUAUGUUGGAGAUUGAGCUCA